GGAGGGUUGAAAGCAUUCGAUUGUUAUGAUAAUAUUUUUGUUACAACGAUGAAAGCCGUUGAUUGAUGGUUGUUUUCUAAAACAUUUUCCUGACUGCCAAUAUUGCAAUCCAGUUCUGUGUGAACCGUGCCGACGAUCACACACAAUGGUGCUAGCAUUACGAUCAUUGGUUUUCUGUAUCUGCACGAUACAGGUCACCUUUGCAAUAAUUAUUGUUCUUGAUUCUUCGCAGCAGCUCAACCGGAUACGGCGAGAUGUAUCUGCCAAUACUACUGAAAAGAAAGGAUAUCAAGUCCUAACUAAUGUUCACCAAGAAUGCUCGACGAAGUUUGGUUUACCCGAUAUAACAGAAGAAAAUCAUGAGGCUCAUCACGAUAAAAUAAGUUGCACAAUUGAGUGUGUGAUGAAAAAAUUCAACCAAACGGACGAAAAUGGAACACUACGAUAUGACACGUUGAGCGUUGGGCAAAAAUGGUUCUGGAACGCUUCCAUUGCAGACGGUUUCAUAGACGAAUGUUUCAAUCAAACGCUACCAUACGCUCAGGAAUUUCUCGCAUCGCACAGCACCGAGUGCAAUCCACAAGCUGAAAAAUUCGGAAAUUGCCUAACGGAGAAAAUCCUGGCUGCGUGUCAACUAGCCGAUAGAAAAGAUUCCGAACCUUGUGCUUCGUUGUUGGCCAAACUUAGGCAAUCUUGUCUCGCAAUGUUCCCGAAGCUUUGUAAAAAUGACGGCUAACGAAAAAAAAAAAAAAAUAAUUUCACCAAUGGCAAAAUUUAAAAAUUUAUGUGAAAUUUAUUUACAAAAACUUUCAAUAAAGUGAACUUCUACGUAAA